UGACAUGUCUCAUUUGGAAAGUGGAAAGGAGUGAUUAUUUAAGUUGAAAAAUUUUUACGUCAUAUAGUAGCCGAUACCCACGUGAUUGAUGAUUGACAUUAGCCUCGACUGUCGAUUAAUUGAGUGACACCUUUUUGCACUGGAUUACAUGCUGCUGUGAGGGAGAAAAAGCUAAAAUCGGGUCCAUCAUGUAUUCAAUCAUGGUGGACAAUUGGUUGAAGUAUAUGCUGCUUACUUUGAUUGCCGCAAGUCUGCUGUCAACUUCUGCACUAGCAGACUGCGAAUGCGGGUAUUCCGUUAAUGCAACAAGUGACCCCGAGCAUAUUGUUUAUACUGAUAUUAUUGAAACCAACUUCCGAACUGUUCAGAAUCUCUCGUACAAUGAUGCUUGGGAAAUCCAAACGUCGGAAUUUCCUUACGACCCCACGUCAGGGCAAUAUGGUCGAAUCGACGAGUUACGCAACGUAAUCUCGAACCCACUGAUCGAAAAUUCCACCUGGAGCGGUUCAGGAACGCUGGGUCCCGAUGCUGGAGUACAGAUCUGGACGCGGGCUGGAAUCCCAACAAACAACCUUGUUCCGAUGGGCGAGAUUCGCACUAGUCGGUCUGAUAUACUGUACGGAAGCAUUCGAGCUUUGAUUAAAGCUACCUCAACCAAUGGGACAUGCGGAGCAUUUUUCUGGUACUACAAUGAUACACAAGAAAUCGACAAUGAAAUCUUAUCCCGGCAAAACAAUCCAGGAAACAACACUGGAGCUGUCAAUCUCAUAUUGCAGUCACUGGCAUCAGAGGCUGCUGGAUACAAUGCGGCUGAAACACCAACUUUUGACACAUAUCCAUUACCGUUUAACCCAGCCGAUGGGUUCCAUGAGUACCGCUUUGACUGGACACCGGAGAAAAUUUCAUUCUAUGCUGACGGUAAGUGGCUGCGUGAUAUGACACAAAAUAUUCCAGAUAAUGCUGGCCGCGGGUACUUCAAUCACUGGAGCAAUGGGAACCCUUCCUGGUCGGGUGGCCCUCCUAAUGUCGAUGCAAAGAUGACGGUUGCCUACUUCCUUGCAUAUUUCAACUCCUCAAACCCGGCACGUUUAUCAGACUAUAAAAGUCGGUGUCCGUCUGUGGCAGGAACACAUUCUAUCUGUACCAUUCCUGAAUACAACAGCACGCAACCAUUUUUCUUUACCGAGCAAAAGAACAUGACCAAUAACCAGACUAAUGCCUCUGGGGAUGCUACAUCUAAUGACUCAGGAAGUGUUAUGGUGGGACCACUUCCUCAAUGUAUGAUGCUACUUAUCUUUUUAGCUGGUCUAUUUGCUGUACUGUAGUGACCUUGAAAAGUUGCUUAUUAUCUAAUGUCUUUUCCUCUUUCCUCAAUACAUAAUAGCAUCCUUUGACCACUGACAGGUCGAAACUCUUAAAGAUAGAGAUCGAAAAAAAUUGAUGGUCUAAUGGCAAUAUUCAGUCGGCUACACCAAAUGACCCAUAUGUCCUGUCCUUCACAGUUAAUUAGAUAUCAUAGCUUGAAAUUUACACCCAAUUAAUG